GCCAAAACUGACAAUGACAGCACUUCUCGUCCAAACUGUCAAACGGGUAUUAUUCGUGCAUUUUGGAGUUAUUAAAUUAUUUAUUUAUUAAACUGUAACUAACUUAUCGACAAAAAUGCAAAGAAUAGUUUCAUUAAUGAAGUCAGCAUCAUGCCUUGGUUCAUAUUUACCAACUAGCACCAUAAGCUCACUUCCGUCUAUCUUCAGUUCUUUUCAAAAUACUAGACAACUGUUAGCACCAAGCACUACAUUGAUAAACCAAGUUUGCGGUUUUAAAGUAAAGGGUCGCGUGAGACGGCGUUGCGAAGCCUGCUACUUCGUCGUUAGAGAUGGGAGGAUGUAUGUGAUCUGUCCCAAGCACCCUCGUCACAAACAGAUGGCAAUGCGGCCCAAACCUCACAAUACCUGGAUACUGACACACGCCAGUCAAAGUCGCGUGAGGCCGUGGUGAAGCAGCCGACCUAUUUAUUAAGUAGAUAUGUAAUGAGAGUUUAGAAAUAAAGUAUAUGUAGAA